AUGACGACCCCACAAAGACUCCAGACGGUCCGUCGUGUGCAAAUGGCCAUGGCAGUGGCCUACGGCGGCCUUGGCGCAUGGUGCCUCCUCCACCCAGCCUCGGUCAUCGCCCUCGGCUUCACCCCGCCCUACGUCGCCCUAGCAGCCAACAACCCCACCACUGAUCUCUUCGCGAGGUGUUUCGGCGCCCAGGCGAUGACGUGCGGCCUGGUGUUGGGCACGUCGCAGAUGACGGCAUUUAGUUUUACUGCGUUUGGGCUGGCUAUGGUGCCGUACCUGGCGUGGAAUUUCUGGUUUAGUGGUGUUGGGCCGAAGGCGGGGAUGGUUAGUGGGUUGAUGGUGGUGGACUUUUUUGGGAAUUUGGGCUUUUUGGGGGGCUCGUUGUGGUGUGCGAGGGUUUUGAGGGAGGUGGAGGAGGACGAGGAUGGGAAGCGGAAGUGA